AUGGCCAAAAUCGCCAUUGUUUUCUACUCGUUGUACGGGCACAUCCAAAAGCUCGCUGAGGCCGAGAAGAAGGGCAUUGAGGCUGUGGGCGGCUCUGCCACUCUCUACCAAAUUCCCGAGACGCUCCCACAGGAAGUCCUGACCAAGAUGCACGCUCCUCCGAAGCCUUCUGACAUCGAGAUCGCAACUCCUGCCAUACUCGAGCAGUAUGAUGGCAUUCUUUUCGGUAUUCCCACCCGCUAUGGCAACUUUCCCGCCCAGUGGAAGGCCUUCUGGGACUCCACCGGUGGCCAAUGGCAGACUGGAGCAUACUGGGGAAAGUACGCUGGUGUGUUCGUCUCUACUGGCACGCCGGGCGGUGGACAGGAAUCGACGGCGAUUGCCGCGCUGAGCACCUUCGCCCAUCACGGGUUCAUCUACGUACCCUUGGGCUACAAGACCACCUUCGCUCUCCUGGCGAACUUGGAUGAAGUGCGUGGAGGAUCCCCCUGGGGUGCGGGUACCUUUGCGGGCCCCGACGGCUCCCGCCAGCCCACAGCUCUUGAGCUCGAAUUGGCCGAGAAGCAGGGUGCGGCUUUCUACGGAGCCGUGUCAAAGGCUUUCCCGGCGUGA